CAUGGCACUUCAUUAUAAAUUUCUUUCUUUUUUUUACAAUAACAAUUUUUUUAUUAAAUUAUCAAUCUAUAGCAUUGUUUAACAAAGGGCUUUGUUAAAAAAAGAAAAAUAAAAAAGUUUAAGAAUGAGCGAGCUAUGAUAGGGAGGAAAAAUUUGAUAUAAUUUUCGAAAAGUAGGGUAGCUAAAAUAUUUUCAAAAUAUUGGAGGUCCCCUAUAAAAUAGACCCAAAAUAUGGGACGUUCACGUAAUUAAGUAAAAGUUUACUUUCCUAUAUAUAGGUAUCGGGCUAAGAUUUUCCGGAUCGAAACGGAGAGAGUUUAGGGUUCCGCCCCCUGACGAAGAGGAGGACGACGACGAAGCAAAUGAAGGAGAGAGAGCGUUUAGGGUUUCAGAAUGAUUGAAAAUCUAGAUCGGCCGCUUGCUGCCACGGAUCUGGAGGCCGGCUGGUGCGGGAGAGCCGACGGCGAGAAGUGGGAUCCGAUGGCUGUCCAGAAGUACUUUGAGGGUGGCAUGCACCGUGGCCUGAACGGUUCAAGAAAGCCUGUGGAAAUAUUGCUGGGUGACUUUGCCGUCAAUGCUGUACGAGGGAAGUGGAGCGAAUAUGCAUUGACAAUAAACCCAGGACAGUACAUUGUAGACAUAUUAAAGUCACAGUAGUCCAACCGCCAUUGUUCUGUCCACUACUGGUCCAGCUUCCAUUGUUGAUAUGUGUCCAGAUGAAUCCUUUAAUUUGGACAUUUGGCGGCUUCAAAAAAUGGAAGCAGGAAAUGCAACUGGUGUAGGAAGCAAGGUGAAGGCUAGCACAAAGUUUUUCAACUCUGUCCAAAAACUGCCACUUCCUUCACUGUCUUCCUGGUGCAUAUACAAUGCGAUUGUGUUGCCGGUGCACCUGGCUCCCCGGCUUUAAGGCUGAUGUCUUCCACAUGUCUUUUGGUGGGCAUGAAUGGGAAAUUUGUAUCUGUAAUUGUUGUGUGGGUAGGAAAACAUGAAUGCUUUUGAAGAGGCCAUGAAUUGUAAUUUGUGUUUGUACUGCUGCUUUUGAAGAGGCCAUGAAUUGUAUUUGUGUUUGUACUGCUGCUUUUGAAGAGGCCAUGAAUUGUAAUUUGUGUUUGUACUGCUGCUUUUGAAGAGGCCAUGAAUUGUAAUUUGUGUUUGUGCUGACAUACCAGUGGCUUCAAAUAACAAACUACUAUGGUUUUUGUGAUCUAA